CAUUUUCUUCGUUGACGCUCUCUCUCUCUUCACCGAUUCGACACUGAUUUCUUAGUAUCGCCUGACGCCAAAAAGCUUCGUGAGGAUUAAGUGAUGGCGGUUCAGCUCACCGACGAACAGAUCUCCGAAUUCAAGGAAGCCUUCUCUCUAUUUGAUAAGGAUGGCGACGGUUGCAUCACCACGAAGGAGUUGGGAACUGUGAUGCGUUCUUUGGGGCAGAACCCGACUGAGGCUGAGCUCCAGGAUAUGAUUAAUGAGGUUGAUGCUGAUGGUAAUGGGACUAUUGACUUCCCUGAGUUCCUCAACCUGAUGGCUCGCAAGAUGAAGGACACUGAUUCUGAGGAGGAACUCAAGGAAGCUUUUAGGGUCUUCGACAAGGACCAGAAUGGAUUCAUAUCUGCAGCUGAGCUCCGCCAUGUGAUGACAAAUCUCGGGGAGAAGUUAACCGACGAGGAAGUUGAUGAGAUGAUCCGUGAGGCUGAUGUGGAUGGCGAUGGCCAGAUCAACUACGAGGAGUUCGUCAAGGUCAUGAUGGCCAAAAAGAGGCAACAAAGGAUUAAAUCAAGCAAGAGAGGUAUGGAGAAAGAGUAUGGCAAUGGGAAUUCUAUCAAAAACGGCGGACGCAAAAGAGGCAAACUUCGUGAAUGUAUGAUUCUCUAAAUUAAGUGAAUGUUGAGAAUCAUGAUGAUGAAAGAGGUUGGAGUUUUAUUGAAUAAUAAUAAUGUUGCUUUCUCUUGUAAAAUAUGAACUAUACCACUACCACCUUGUAUCUUACUACUACUAAUGUUGUAUUUGCCUCUAUUUAUUA